AGGAAAGAGUGGCGUUACCGAAACACCACAAAGAUUUCAUCAUCGCUCUCUGCAAUUUGCACCAGCCGGAAAUCGAACCCGGAUCUGUACCGUGGCAGGGUACUAUUCUACCACUAGAUCACUGGUGCUUGUUGCUUCACCUUCCCCAAUUAUUCUACUUCUUUACAAAGCUACCUUCUCAUCAAUAAGACAAUAACGCUUGUUCUCUUUCGUGGCUGUUUACAUGUCUCAAAUUAUAAUUUUACAACGCAUUCGCUAAACAAUUUCCAAAAAAACAUCUCUGACUAUGAUUAUAUAUUUUUCAUCAUUACUUUAAAUUCAAAAAUAAUUUACAAAUCCAAAACUUCCCUACCAAAUUGAGUAUUUUAUUAUUGAAUUAGAAAACAUUGACCGCCAAACUGCGAGCAAACAAAUUUCAAUUGCAAUGGAAACGGAGGGUAUCGGCGGUGUCACCGUCACCGGCAGUCAGAGUAAAGAUGAAAAAAGAUUCUUCGUUGCUGUCCACGUAGGCGCCGGUUACCACUCUCCUCCCAAUCAUAAACCCCUCAGAUCAGCCAUGAACCGCGCUUGCCUCGCCGCCGCUUCUGUCCUUCAACAGGAGGGCUCAGUACUCUGCUUGGAUGCCGUUGUCGCCGCAAUUCAAGUCUUAGAGGAUGAUCCGAGCACAAAUGCCGGAAGAGGUUCUAAUUUGACGGAAAAUGGCGGUGUAGAGUGUGAUGCCAGUAUAAUGGAUGGAAAAUCUGGAGCUUUUGGCGCUGUUGGAGCUAUACCAGGUGUGCGUAAUGCUAUACAAAUCGCUGCUUUACUGGCCAAAGAGCAAAUGAUGGGACCUUCAUUGCUGGGUCGAAUACCUCCAAUCUUCUUGGUGGGGGAAGGGGCUCGUGAAUGGGCAAAGUCCAAGGAUAUUGCUUUACCGUCUAGUAUAACAGAGGCCAACGAGUGGCUGGUCACAGAAAAGGCAAAAACACAAUGGAUAAAAUACAAAUCUAUGUUUGAAGCUGCUAGAUUGAAGACAAGUAAUUCUCUUCCAGACGGAAAUUCUUCUCCACGUCAGAGUACUGAAAUGCCAGAUUAUGCUUUGGAAGAUCAAGUCAUGGAUACUGUUGGGGUUAUUUGUAUAGACAAUGAGGGGAAUGUAGCAUCUGGAGCCUCUAGUGGUGGUAUUGCUCUAAAGAUUAAUGGACGAGUGGGGCUAGCGGCAAUGUACGGUUCAGGUUGUUGGGCGUCAUCUAAAGGUCCGUUUGGGGCUCCAUUCAUGGCUGGCUGUUGUGUGUCUGGUGCAGGAGAGCACCUAAUGAAAGGAUUUGCAGCUAGGGAGUGCAUUGUUUCACUGUCUAUCUCACAGUCUGGUGCUGCUUCUGCUUGCACAAAAAUUUUACGCACUGUUGCCGAGGAAAGUAGUAGAUGCGGUACUGAUAGCAGUGCAGGGAUAUUGGUUGUGCAGUCAGAUACAUCUAUUGUAGAUCAAGGAAAAUCAAGGCUAAAAGCUGUAGAAAUUGCAGCUGCAUACACUUCCUUGUCUUUUGGAGUAGGAUAUUUUGGAAGCUCUAUGGAACGUCCCAAGGUUUCGAUUCUUAGGAGUACAAAACAAAGCAAGUCUGCAAUAAAUCAAUUUGGAGCACGAAUAGAUCUUUCAAAUGGAUAACUGUUGUGACUACUGGAGAACUAUUCAAUCUCCGACAUUUAUUCUUAUUCAAUCUUAUAUGGUAAUGAGAUCCCAAUGAUACCAAAUACUUAGUAAGGAUUUUUAAAUUUUAGCUCACAAUUAUUAAGUCAGUCCUUCCAUUUUAUUUAAAACAUACACAUAACUUAUUUGACACAUAACUUAUUUUAAUUAAGGUUUUUGUGAUUGAUAACAAUGAAGACUUACUAAUGAAUGUUGUAUUUCUGCAUGACCUUGGUAUUCAUCAUCUCAAACUAGUUACAACCUUUUGUGGUAACAGGUCUUCGAUCCACAUUGCAAACACCCCUGUUUUUCAUAAGCGCACUAAACAUAUCGAAAAAGACUUUCAUGUCGUCUAAAACAAUAUUUAGGAAAAAAAUCAUUCACUUAACGCCGAUUGACUCUACAAUCCAAGUCGCAGAUGUCAUCACCAAAGCUCUUCACAUUAAUCCAUCAGUGCUUUGUCUCACAAACUUGACAUGUAUAACAUCCACUCCAUUUUAAGAGAGGGUGUUAAGCCACAUUGAUUGUUUCUAGCUAAUUCUGUUAUUAAUUGUUAUAUUUAAUUUAACUGUUGAUAUAACACUAGUAUAACUAAGUGGUUAGUUAAUUAUUUGUUUGUAACUACCACUAUUACCAUGUUAGUUAGACUUACACCAUAUAAAUGAUGAGUCCAACUAAUGUACAAAGCAACUUGAAAUAAUAUAGUUAUCUGUUUUUUUCUCUCUUUAGUAUUAUUAAAUAACAUAGA